UCAAUAUUUCUUAAACUCUAAAAAAUAUACUAAUUAAAUUUUUCCUUAUUAAUUUCUAAAUUCAUUCUUUAUUAAAUAAUUUUAUACCCAUUUUUCUAAUAUUAUUUCCAUAAUACUUAAUUCUAAUAAAUUUCGAUUAUUUAAUUAACGUAAUCAUCUAUAGAAAAAUUAUAAAAGCUUCCUCCAAAUAAAAGAGAUUAUUUUUAAUUAAAAUCUUCAUAUUGAUAAUAUUAUUUUAUUUUUUCUGAAUCAUUAUUAUUAUACAAAAAAAGUCCUUCAGCCCCUAUUGGACUAGUAAUAACUGGUGUUCCGUAAACCCAACUAUCAACAAUUUUUCCUUUGAUACCAGCUCCAUAUCUAAUAGGAGCUAUUAAUGCUUUGUAUUUCGAUAAGUCUUUUAAAUCUUUCAUUAAACCUUUACUUUUUAUAUUAAGAUUUAAAGACUCUAGAUGGCUAAAUUAUUAUUAGAAGUUAGAGCCAUAUAUAUGCAAUUAUGUUUCUGGUAAUUUUUUAUGAAUUUAAGGCCAUAUUUAUUAAAUUAGUAAUUAUAAACUAUCUGCAUUUGGCCUAUGUGUUUAGUUUCCUAUCCAAACAAAGUUAUUCCUUUUGUAUUUAUCUUAAUUUUCUUCUUAUUUCGGGUAAAAAAAGUUACUAAUUAUAAAUUAUUUACAUUAUAAUGUUUUUUUAAAUUAAUAUAUUCAUAAUCACUGCAAGUUAAUACUAUAUCACUUCUAAAAAUACUUGCCAAUUCUCUAUUUAAAAGAUCGUUAUUGUAAUUAUCUUAAGGGAAUCCAUUAUUUAAAAUUAUUUUAAUUUUUUCUUCUUCUGUUAGAUGUUAAUUUUAUUAAAGAAUGUUUUCUCUAUUUAUUCUUAAUGAAUGUAAAUCUUAUAAAUCUAAUAUUUUUAAACAUUUAGGAAAGUAAUUUUUUAUGUAAUGACUAUACAUUUCUUCACAUAUAAAUGUAUCGAAAAUAGCUAUAUCAGGGACAAAAUUUAAAUUUUAGUCAAAUAAACUUUUCAUUUGCUAUAUGUUAUUGCAGUCUACUUUGUACAGAUUUAUUUUUUAAUUAUUUAUUAUAUCACUUUACUUUUGCUUUUCUAAUUUUGCUGCGGAUACAAAUGC